AUGAUUGCCUUGAGAAUCUUCGCUUUUUUGGCACUCGCCUAUUCCGUACAAGGUGGGGCUGAUUUGGAAUUGGUCUAUAAACUCUUGGACUGUUGUAAGAGAGCAAUCCUUGAUGGAGUACCAACAGUUCCAGUACCUUCACACAAUCCACUGUUGAUACCACACAACGUGAGCUUCAAUGGAGCAACAUUUGGAGCAGACUUCAAUGCAACUCUUGCCAACAUCGUAUGGUAUGGAAUUCCAGAUUGGGAACUCAAAGUAGGUAAACAAUUGAGUGAAGACACUGAUGCACACGCAGUCUUCGACUUCGAUAUCUACUGGAAAUCAUUCAAUAUGUCAAUGGAUUACAGUCUCCAAUACCAUGUUGGUUUCGUCGAACAGAAUAGCCAUGGUCAAAUCAUCCUGAACUGGACCCAUACUGAUUGGGUUGGAACAAUCAAUUUCACUAAACCAGGAUUUGGCCUGAAAGAAGAAGUCAGCAGUUUGGACCUCACAUGGACUGUUAAGGAUAUCGAUACUCAUGUCACUGGUUUGGGGCUUUUGGAUGCUGGUGCAGGUGCACUUAUUUCAACUACUCUCACUAACUACUUGAACCAUGUUCUUGGAACUGGCCUAUCACCACUGCUCAUCGGCAGACUCAACGACUUCUGGCUGGCCAACAGCACUAGAGUCCCAAUCCUAUUCGAUUGGUGUGACAGCAACCAAUGA